AUGGAAUAUUAUUUUAAAUUAAUUUUAAAAGGGGUAUUUUUAGAAAAUAAUUGUGGAUUUAUUUUUGACAUAGGCAAAGAUGGCAGUAAGAUAACAACAGUAGUUGCAACUCCCGGGCAAGGUCCUGAUGGACCCCAAGAAAUUUCUUAUAUGGACACUAAAGUUAUUGGAAAUGGAUCGUUUGGUGUAGUUUAUCAAGCAAAACUAUGCGACUCAGGCGAACUCGUAGCUAUAAAAAAAGUUUUACAGGAUAAAAGGUUUAAGAAUCGAGAACUUCAAAUAAUGAGAAGAUUGGAACAUUGUAAUAUAGUUAAACUCAAAUACUUUUUUUAUUCGAGCGGGGAAAGGAAAGAUGAUGUAUAUUUGAAUUUGGUUCUGGAAUACAUACCAGAGACAGUUUAUAAAGUAGCGAGGCAUUAUAACAAAUCAAAGCAAACAAUACCUAUUAGUUUUAUAAAGCUAUACAUGUAUCAAUUGUUUCGGUCAUUAGCGUACAUACAUUCAUUGGGAAUAUGCCACCGAGAUAUUAAGCCGCAAAACUUGCUCCUUGAUCCCGAUACCGGCGUUUUAAAACUUUGCGACUUCGGAUCAGCUAAGCACCUUAUUAAAGGAGAACCAAAUGUAUCGUACAUAUGUUCUCGUUACUAUAGAGCUCCUGAAUUAAUAUUCGGUGCAAUUGAUUAUACUACUAAAAUCGAUGUUUGGAGUGCUGGAUGCGUGUUGGCUGAACUUUUGUUAGGUCAGCCAAUAUUUCCGGGAGACUCAGGUGUGGACCAAUUGGUCGAAAUUAUCAAAGUUUUAGGCACUCCUACCAGGGAGCAAAUUCGUGAAAUGAAUCCUAACUACACAGAGUUUAAAUUUCCCCAAAUAAAAUGUCAUCCGUGGUUAAAGGUGUUUCGAGCAAGAACUCCGCAAGAAGCAAUUGAACUUGUUUCAUUACUUUUGGAUUACACUCCAUCGUUGAGACUUAAUCCAUUGCAAGCUUGCGCUCAUUCAUUCUUUGAUGAGCUUAGGGAAACUCAAACUCGCCUCCCCAAUGGUCGAGAACUUCCACCUUUAUUUAAUUUUACAGAACACGAGUUAACAAUUCAACCAUCAUUAAAUUCAAUUUUACUGCCAAGGCACGUAGCAGAUUCAUCAGUAUCCACUUCGGUACCUGUAAAUCAAGCAGAAAAUUCUACAGCGCAAGGAGAGACCGGAGCUCCCAUGUCGGAAACAGCAAACGCCGCCGAGCAGUCUACAUCCAACAUGGCUUAA